AUCGUUUAAAUUCAUUUUUAAUGGUUUUUAGAGCUAAGCUGUUUGUUUUUCGUUCGAUUUUUCGUGAUAAUUUAAUUCCCUAGUGUUGUAAUUGUACCCCUGUUGGUACCACAGUUGAUACCAUGAUGAAUACCGAUACCGCAAACUCUGAAAAGGGCAGAAAGCCCCACAAUUUAUACAAGGAACUCGGAUUUGAAUCAUUACAUUUGGACAAUGGAAGAAUGGGAGCUAAGUGUGACACGUGCAACCAUAUUCUAAAAAAUACAGCAAUAUCUCGCCUUCGUACACAUAGAAAAAGAUGUUUUCGCAAGAGCAGUAGUAUUGAUUCUAAAGAAGGUGAAGCCAUAUCAUUAUCGUCAGAUGAUAGUGUGAGGUCUGAAAAUGUAAUGACACCCAUCGAUAGGCCAGUUAGACGGGUUAGACCACUUAACAGGGAAAUUAAUUCUAUUGCUGCGUCUACUGGAAUAACUUCUGACGAUGAAACUCAAGAAGUGCCCCAAGAAGUGGUUAUGGAAGUUGAAGUAAACACAAGUGCCCCUCCUCCCCAAUCUUCAUAUAGAGUUUUAGAUAUUGUAAGUACCUACAUACUUUUCAAUUGAUAAAAAUGUUAUUAAAACUUUUUUUUUACUUGUAUUUAUGUAUAGACCAGGAUCGAUAA